AUGUCCCUACGCACCGCGGUUCGAGCGAGCAACUUGCUCAAAGUCGCUGCGCGGUCUGUUUCUUCGGCUGGAGCACAGCCUUUUCGAUCCAUUCACUCGACGCAUCCUUACAGAGCAUCAGCAUCUCCCUUUGCCGAGGCUACAUCACCCAACCCCACGAUCACCAAAUACGCUGAGACCACAGAAAAGCUUCACGACUACGGCUCGUAUCUCAUCCGAUGUUUACCGAAAUUCAUCCAGCAGUUCUCUGUGCUCAAAGAUGAACUCACACUAUACAUCUCUCCCUCUGGCGUCGUCCCCGUCCUCACAUUUCUUCGCGAUCAUUCACAAUGUCAGUUUAAAUCGGUUAUGGACCUUACUGGCGCGGACUUCCCUGAACGUGACAAGCGCUUUGAAGUCGUGUAUAACCUGCUGAGCGUUAGACACAUGGGAAGAAUCAGAGUUAAGACGUAUGCUGGGGAAGCUGAUGCUGUUCCGAGCGCGGUCCCUGUUUUCAGGGGGGCUGAUUGGUACGAGAGAGAGACUUGGGAUUUAUUCGGUAUCUUCUUCAAGGACCAUCCGGAUCUCCGUCGCAUCUUGACCGACUAUGGUUUUGAGGGCCAUCCUCUUCGGAAAGAUUUUCCCUUGACCGGCUAUACUGAGCUUCGAUACGACGAAGAACGGAAACGUGUUGUCUACGAACCUCUGCAGCUCACUCAGGCUUUCCGGAAUUUCGAGUCUUUGUCGCCCUGGGAGCAGGUCGGUGAUGGCACAGAGCCGCGCAAGCCGGAUAAUUUUAAGCCUGUGCCUUCACCAAAAGCCGAGGAGUCCCAGAAGAAGUGA